CUUUUGUAUGAAAAUGAGUGGCAAGAAAGUAUCAGGAAAAGCUAACCCACAGAAAGGUGCCAAGGCCAACAUGAAGAUCAAGCCUACAGGACAGCCCCUAAAGGUAAAGCCAGUUCCACAGAAAGGAUUCAAAGGUCAGCAAAAUGAGGCAAAGCCAUCUACUGGCCAGAAAGUCAAUCUUAAAAGCACAGAAAAAAGUGGAAACAAAUUGCUUCAGGAAAUGGUAUCUAAAAAGAAAGAGCUCAGUAAAGAAGACAAAGCUGCCUUGACAAUCCAGUGUGCCUUCCGUCAACACCUAGCUCGGAGGAAGAAGGCUCAGCAUCAGAAAGAACAGCAGGAAUAUGAAAAAUUAAUGGAGCAACUCCAAAAAGAGGCAUUUGUGGCAAUGGUAAGGAAAGAACAAGAAGAAGCAGAAAGACAGAGACUAAAAGAAGAAGAAGAGCGAAAGAAGAAGCGAGAAGAGCAGCUGAGAAAGAAGCGUAUCCUGGAAGCAGCAUUUGAAGGUGAUGUAGCUGACAUCCUAGCAGUGUUAAAGGAGGUGUCUGAUGCAGAUACUAAAAACGGCAUUGGAUAUGAUGACAAUGGAAAAAGGAUACGGUUCUGCACCCAGAUGAAUAUGAUUGAAUGCAGAGAUGCCAAUCAGAAUACUCCAUUGUCAGAGGCAGCUAGUGGAGGGCAUCCUGAGGUCAUAAAGCUGCUGAUUGAGAAGGGGGCAGAGGUGAACAGCAAGGGUGCUUAUGGCAGAACCCCACUCUUUCGUGCUGCUUUUGGAGGCCACAUUUCUGCAGUGGAGGUGCUUCUACAAUAUGGAGCAGAUCCUCGAAUAUAUGCAGAUGAUGGUAAUACACCAGAACAGGUGGCAUCCCUUGACAGUAUAAUUAGCAUACUAAAAAACUGGGACAUAAAAAUGACAGACUCAAUGUUGACCAAGAUGGAAGCGGAAAAGCAGAGGAGAGCUGCAGAAGAACAGAAGCAAAAAGAAGCAGCAGCUGUCAGACUCACAAGUGAUAUUCUCCAGCUGACUAAGGAACACAAUCGAUGUCAGAAGGAGCUUCAGCAGGCUUACUGUGAAUUGAACAAAAGAAUCACUGAGCAUGACAAGUGUGAGAGAAAGAACAUGAACAAGAGAGAGAUCACUUUGCAGGCAAUCCAUGAUGCAGAAUUUGCACUUGAGUCUCUUAGAACAGCUGUACGGCAGGCAGAAGAACGACUUACAGCAGCUAAACUGCAGCUUAGAGAACAAACACAGGAAGGUGAUUCAUGCUUGUUAAAAGGCAUAAAAUGUUCUGUAAAAGAGUUGGAUGAUGUUCUUUUAAAAGAUGCAGGAAAGAAAAUCCAAGAAGAAAAAAGAUGGCCAGUCAUCAUUGACCCAUCUGGAAUGGCUGCAACAUUCUUGCGUUACCGUGACACUAACUAUCUGGACACUUUAAACCCACAUGACAUGCAGACAGAGUCCAUUCGCCUUGCACUUCUAGGAUCCAUUAGAUAUGGAAAGCCACUGGUUUUUGACAUGAUGGAGGUAAAUAUGCUUGACGUUAUUAAAACCAGAUUUGAUGAGAUACAGAAUGGCUUACUAGAUGAACUUUUGGACAAGAAACUGAUAAAGAAUGAGAGGUACCUGUCUCUACUUCGUCCCACUGAUAGUCCAGAAUAUUCUCGUAAUCAGUUCAUGGAAACAAGAAUGGAAAAAUUUAAGUUGUUUGUCUUAACAAAACUUCAAAACCCACCUGAAAGUUUGCUGAACUCAUUUUAUCCCAUUGAAGUCUUCAUUCCUAGUUCCAGACCGCAGUAGACAUCCUGGGUUGGUGCCCAGUAUGAUUUGAUUUACAAACUCUCAUGUUGUUACAAAAGUUAUUUUACAUGUGAUAAAAGCUUUAAUUAAAAAUGUUAUCUAGUGAAUAUUUGAACUACAUAAGUUCCUUAGAUAUUGGAUCUUUGAUUAUCAGAAUCUUAAUGUGUAACAAACAUGCCUGUCAAUAGUUGUAAAAAGGGUGUUUAGUGGAAAUACAUAAUGCAGCUUUGUCAUCCUCUAUUUGUUAUUGAGACCAUAUCUUUCUACCUCUAUUCCUUUCAGAUUGCCCAGCUAGUAACAUUAGUACCCUAUUAAAUAAUUUCUGCUGCUCCUCAUGCAGUUUGUUUCUGUUGUCCUCUCCUUUACUAGGGUGACAAUGAACCACAGUUACAAAUUUAUUUGUACUCCCCCAGGCAUAGACUUGAGUUGGCAUUCAAAACUAAAAUGUCUGCCAUCUGACUGUGCAAUACUGUCUUGCCUCAUAACACCAUCAAUCUGUGGUUCACAAAAUAACUAUACAUUUCUUUUUGCAAGUGACCUGCACAGCUCAAUGAUUUGUCAAGAAAUUACAAGGAAAGAAAAUGAAAUGAGCUGUAACUCAUGUUUCAAAGUUUUACUAGACUCUAUCAGCCAUAUACAUAGUUUGGUGGCAAUAUUCACUACACCCUCUAUACUUAUAGUAUAAACAUUAUGAUAGACAUUUAUAUAAAAUUAUCUGUGAACCUGCUUUAUACCUCACCUAUUAUCUCCAAAGUUAAAAGUUUCUGCCCUCACCUCCAUUUCUUUGAAAUUCAAAGCACUAAUCCUGUAAGUUAUAAUCUAUUUGACAAACCCACUAGUACACCUUUUCAGUUGCUCAUGUUCCACAUCUAUUAAUGCAUAAAUAUCUUUCUUAUUGUAAUAGUUGGUUGUAUUUCAUAUGAAUGUAAUCUAAUUAGCAAAUGUAUUUGUAAUUGCUAAUAUUAUAUAAUAUCUGUUCACAUAUAAUGACUGAAUGCCUGUUUAAAAAUAUUUUUAAUAUGUUGGAGCUUUUCACAGAAUAUCCACAUUUUUGCCUUAUAUUUUUGGUUUAUUUUUCAUAAAAUUGUGUUUUUUAGGCAACUCAUUGGCAAGUCAGUAAAGAUUAAAAUCAGGAAAUAAUGACAAACAUUUGAGUUUCAAAUAUAAAAAUUGUCCUAUU